GCCAGUCUUUCUGUCCUCCAACCAUGGCUGAAGCGGUUUAGGGGGGGGGGGCCUUACAUACAUAUUACAGAGGGGUGCCAUCAAAAGGAAACAUCCCAUCAAAAGGAAUAAAUCAUUGGUUUCUUCUUGAAGGGGGGGGGACUACUGGGGUUUCAGCAAUUAACUUGAGGGACAAACCUGUCUUCUCUGGAAUAAGUAAUCUCUCUCUUCUUCUCUUUUUUUUUUUAAAUACAUGUUUUUACCUGCACAUAUUUGGAUUAUAUUUUUGGAACGCUUUCAGCAAACAAGUGAAACGUUUUUGGAUUAUCCAUCCGAAGUCGACGGUGUCCUUCAUUGUAGAGGGGAUCUACCUGCUUAUCGCUUCCACCUGGAACAACUUAGAUGAGCUCAACCUGCUAAUAACUAAACAAACAAUACGUUCAAGGACUGGACUGACAACUGUAUUUCUGCUCCAUUAAAACCACCAGCCUCUGACCUGAGUGUCUCCUACAUGCAGCUGGCAACCUCUGGACUGACAGUCACAUUUUCGAGCAGAUUUAACUGAACUCACUCUCAUCUCUCCAGCCAUCUAUUAUCUUUGUUUGCUCUCUGGUCUUUGUGUUGGUCUGUGAACAGUUGUGAGCCAUGGUGCUGUUGGAGAUGAAGUUCACCCAGCAGCGGCGGGUGCAUCUGGCGCAGGGCCUGUGGCUGCUCUCCUGGCUGGCUGUGAUGUGUGGGACCUUCGUCUUCUGUCUGGGUGUUUACAUUAAGACAGAGCUGCUCCGCAGGGCCGAGGUGAUGGACAACACAGAGAUCCAUGUGGUGCCCAACAUCCUGAUGCUGGUGGGCCUGGCCUCCAUCGGCACCAACUGGGUUGCCACUCGUGUGUGUCAGGACUCGUUGGACCCAAGCCGCUUCCCCCGAUGGAAAGCUUUCCUGCUGGCUUGGUUUGUUGUAGCCACGCUGCUGUCUUUUCUGCUCUUCGCUGUGGUGGUGCUCAGCUAUGCCCUGCAGGGGCACCUGGAGGAGUCCCUGAAGGUCGGCCUGAGGAAUGGCAUUCGCUUCUACAAGGACACAGAUGUGCCGGGCCGCUGUUUUCAGAAAGAGACCAUUGAUCGUCUGCAGAUGGAGUUUCAGUGUUGUGGAAACAGCAAUUUCAGAGACUGGUUCGAGGUUCAGUGGGUGAGCAACAGAUAUCUGGAUUUCACCUCCAAGGAUGUCAAAGAUCGUAUCCGGAGUAACGUGGACGGACGUUACCUGUUGGACGGCGUUCCUUUCAGCUGCUGUAACCCGCGCUCCCCUCGCCCCUGCCUCCAGAACCAACUGACCGAUAACAGCGCCCACCACAGCUACGACUACCAAUCAGAGGAGCUCAACCUGCACAGCCGUGGCUGCAGGCAGGCCCUGAUUGACUACUACAUGGGCCUGAUGAACUCAACUGGUCCUGGAGUGCUGUCAGUCAUCUUGAUACAGAUGUCCGUAGUUCUGAGCCUGCGCUACCUGCAGACAGCUGUGGAAGGCGCCAUGGCUCUGGAAGAUCCAGCAGAGGACAGUCAGGGCUAUAUCCUGGAGAAGGGUCUAAAGGAAACCUUUGAGGACCUCAAAGCAAAGGCGCUCAUCUUGCUAAAGUUUGGCCAAGUUAACCCCAGCGCUACACAAGAGCCAUCUGAAGCUGAAGACCCAGAGAAAGCUGCUGAUAACACCAGUGAGAAGGCUGCUUCUACUACGGCUGACAGCUAGAGGGGAAGUUACUGAAACAUGAGCUGAGGAGGGAGGGUUAUACGAGAUGAGGAAUGGUCCUAGGUUUCUUGUUUGGGAGCGGGUAAAACACCUGUUUGGUUUUGACAUGUUAGGCUUGAUUUACUCUCCAGCAGUGACCCCCCUCACACAAGGCCAAAACAAGGCAUGAAAUCCUAACAGGCUCUGCACAGACACCAAAACAAACAUCUCCUUGGUGCUGGGCCUCAUGAGUAAUACUUUUUGUUGUAACUAGAAGAGUGAAAAGAUUUAGUGUUCACAAAAAAAUACAUAUUUUUUAACAGAUUAUGCCAGUUGGUUCAAGUUUUGCGAAUUUGAAAUCACUUGAUUGUAAAGUUUAUCCCAUUUGCACUGUAUUAUUCAUCUAACAGCUGUUGUACUAAACUGGAAUGGAAAUGCUUAGGAGUGUGUUAAAAUGGCACCGCAUAUGAAUUAUAUAUUAAAGGUAGACGUUUUUAACUGCUUUUUAGUGUUGGCUUUCUUUUGUACAUAAUGCAGGAACACAUUCUGGUUUAUCUGAGUUGAGCAAGGAGUGUUGGAUUAAAAGUGUGUGUGUGUGUGUGUGUGUGUGUGUGUGUGUGUGUGUGUGUGUGUGUGUGUGUGUGAGAGAGAGUGUGGUGCCCUAUAUGAAGCUGUCAUCUUGUCUAUUGCGCAGCUCUGAAACAAUCUGAUAAUCCUGGUGUAGUUAAUCCCAGAAACUGCUGCACAAGCAUCACUGACAGUGAACAGGAACACACUCUGCCAUACAAGGACAGAGGCAGCUGCACACUUACACAACAUGUUGUUAGUUAUAUUAUAAAGUAAAACAGUGUUAAAAUGCUUUUUAUUCACAAGGCUGUAUCACAAUAAUCUGUCCUUUAGGAACCAAUCUAUACUGUGUGCUCAUUGUUCUUAAAUAAA